GCCAGUUGUUGGCCUAUUGUUGCAUAAUAUGCGCCAAUACAACCUCGAUCUCCGUAUUCUAAGUGGGAUUACGAAACGAUGGAGAUCCGUCGUGCCUUCGCAACGUCAACAGGAAAAGGAAUCUGUGAUAAUGAUCCGGGCUACAAUUGAUCAACAACGCUUAUUCGAAUCUCCGACGGUCGCUGCAUCCCUGCUCCUCCAUCACCAUCUCUAGUAGGAUCCAGGUACUGAGCUAGAUCGUCUAUCCAUGAAAAUGGUGCACAUGCCACCACCGGGACGAGCCCGGCGUGCAACCUUCUGC